AUGGAAAAAUACGAAGUCCUAAAUGUCAUAGGAGAAGGGUAAUUUCUAUUCAGAACGUACGGAACAGUCGUCAAAGCUCUUCACAAAGAAACUGGCAUGACCGUUGCUAUAAAAAAGUUUAAAGAAGGUGACGAAAAUGAGCACGUCAAGAAAAUCGCCUUACGAGAAGUCCGGAUGCUGAAACUCAUGCGGCACCAAAACAUAGUUUCCUUAUUAGAGUUCUUCCAGCGAAAAGGUAGGCUACACCUGAUCUUUGAGUACGUCGACAACACAAUUUUAGAGAAAAUUGAAAGGAGCCCUGAAGGAUUAGAUGAGCUGACUGUUAAGAGAAUUAUGUUCCAACUGCUGGAAGCGCUGAAAUAUUGCCACACUCAUAAUAUUGUGCAUAGAGACGUGAAGCCUGAAAAUCUUCUUAUUUCAAAUAAAGGGGUGCUAAAGCUGUGUGAUUUUGGCUUUGCGAGACUAAUUUUAAUUUAAUUAUAAGAAGGUGGGAUGUUUUUAAAAAAAAAAAAUUAGAUAAUUUGGGCUUCGUGAGACAGCUGAAUUCAAAAGCCGGGAAUUAUACGGACUAUGUAUCUACUAGAUGAUAUAGAGCGCCUGAGUUGCUUGUAGGGGAUACACGGUAUGGAAAAGAGAUUGAUAUAUGGGCUGUUGGGUGUUUAUUUGCAGAGCUACUUACUGGGCAGCCUUUAUUUCCGGGGGAUAAUGAUUUGGAUACUCUUUAUAAGAUCAUGAAAUUAUGUGGUGGGAAUUUGCCGGAAAAGUAUGUAACUGCAUUUCAGAACAACCCGAUAUACCAAGGACUAGAUGUAUGAUUUAAUUAGAAAAAAGUUACCAUUAAACAAUUUAGAGUCUGUUAUCAAAAAGAAAUUCUAUUUUCUGCCGGAUCCAUCUAUUAGUUUUUUAAAAGCCUGUUUAGUUUAUGACCAACAUCAAAGGCCAACCUGUCAAGAACUGUUAGAUCAUCCAUAUUUUGAUAAGACCUUUAAGCAGACGUUUGAAUUAGAACUUCUUAAAAUUUUAAGUGAAGAAUUGCAAGAGAAAAGAAUUUCUAAUAAAAAGCACGCUUAUAGUGAAAAUAACACUCCAGAGCCUUCAUUUUUGAAGCCAAUUAAAAGAGAUAAAUCGCCGAAUAUAACUCCGCUGCAUGCAGUGCAAAUAAAAUACGAUGAAUUUGUCCCUCGGAUAAUAAAACAAAUUCCUUCUAAUAUUAGACAAUCCAAAGAUAAUGAAAGGUUUUCCAGUCUUUUCCCUGAAAUUUCUACCAGAAGAGAUGAAGAAUCUCCCUUAAAAAAGCCGAGCAUGAAAAAGCUUCAAAAACUGAGCAUUUUAAAGCCUAAAGACGUCAAACAUGUUUUUGAGCCAAAAAAACAGAUGCCGCACCGCAGCCGAAAUCCUUCAAUGGUCUACGACAAUCUUAACCCUAACGACAGUUUCUAUCGGGCUUCCUUCGUAAGCCCCACACUUUCCCACAGAAACCGGAACUUCAGCAAGCAAGAAAUCAACCCCUCUACCCCUGGGGAAAGAAAUUCCAUGGUUUUUCCUCAAAGAUAUUCAUUUAAAAGACAGCUUUUAAAUGAAAGCCAUUCCAAUAUGUAAUUUACAUAUAGAAAACAGAGACCUGGGUAUAUUUCUAUACAAUCAUUUUCAAGAAGAGUUUAA